AUGACGCUGUACGAGGGCCAGCACUUCACCGGCCGGAAGCUGGAGGUCUUCGGGGACUGCGACAACUUCCAGGACCGCGGCUUCCCGAGCCGGGUGAACUCCAUCCGCGUGCACAGCGGCGCCUGGGUCUGCUUCGACCACCCCGACUUCCGCGGCCAGCAGUUCAUCCUGGAGCGCGGCGACUACCCCGACUUCCGCCGCUGGAACGGCCACAACGACCGCAUGGGCUCCUGCCGCCCCGUGGGGAUGCACGGGGAACAGUUCCGCCUGGAGAUCUUCGAGGGCUGCAACUUCACGGGGCAGCGGCUGGAGUUCGAGGACGACUGUCCCUUCCUGCAGGGCCGCGGCUGGCCCCGGAGCUGCGUCAACGCCCUCAAGGUGUACGGCGACGGCGCGUGGGUGCUGUACGAGGAGCCGAACUACCGCGGCCGCCUGUACGUGGUGGAGCGGGGCGACUUCCGCAGCUGCGCCGACUGGGAGGCCAGCGCCCGCGUGCAGUCGCUGCGCCGGGCGCUCAACUGA